AUCACUGGUGACGAUAGCGGAAGUUUCCGUGUCUUACAUGGAUGUGGGAGAAUGAACGGUGGUUUUGUGUGAUGAAAAGGGCUCUUCUUAUUUACACCAUAAAGCAUAGGUGAGACCAUCUUAUACAUACCUGUACCACCGUGUUUGAAAGCAUGCUUCAAGGUUGCUUUUAUGAAUAAUGUGUCGCCAACGAGCUGCUCGACGCUAAUUACAGUACAAGUUAACUCGUAAGCGGUCUGAUCAUUUUUCCAAGAUGAUCAUACCUUGUCUGUGUCCGAAAUGGAUCCCUAACCCCUAUAUAGGCGACUAUAUGGGGGUUGGCGCCAUUUUAAGGGGUGUCCGAAACCUGAGUGAUCAAUUCCAGUGCUCCAUUUUGAAGCAAACAAUUGUGUGUUGUGUGAUGUGGACGUUGAAAACCUGAGCCAUGUUUAUUUUUCUUUCACUUCACCUUACAUCCCUUCUGGAGUAACAUGUGGAGCUGGUUGCAGUCCAAAAACAUUGACUUCCCUUUGUCAGCAGAAACUAUUUUGUUUGGUGUUUUUAUUGAGGAUAGGAACUUGGAUUUUGUUCGAAAUGCUUUAUUGCUUUGGGGAAGUUCUUCAUUCACAAGUGUCGAGAUUUUAAAACAAGACCACGCCUACCUCACUGGGAGAAUGAGCUGCUACUUUUUUGUAAAUCCUUAAAACUUGUUACAGACAAGAAAGCCCUACGCCUAUUUUCCUUACUAGAAGUGUUCGAAAUGAUAUAGAAUGGCCUCUAACAUUGAAAUGAUGUUGUUUUCUUUUCUUUUGAUGUUAUUCAUGCUUAAUCUAAGGCAAAUAUUCUAUAAUUUUCUUCAAUGAUAGAUAAGUGCCUUGUUUGUUUAUAAGUCAAUUAAAAAAAAAUCCAAUGUCCCAUACAGGUGACUCAAAAUUUCCCAUAGAGCAUUGCAAAAUGUAGUGACCAUAGACUGUAUAUACUAUGGACAACUUGGUUCCGCCUACCACCUGUAUACGGAUUUGAAGCCAAAAAGCUCUCAGUAUUUCUGGGAUUUUUCUUCAUUUCCUGAAACCAGCGUUGCGCAGUAGCGAUGCGCACAUUCGCUGUGAGAGUCACUGGGAUGACGCUCUGCUCAAACAACGUAUCCCCCGGGAAAGCUACGCAAUCACAAAAUGCCAAUAGGCUGUAUCAGAUGUCACUCAUAGAAAACAUGAACCCCCUAAUAGCUUUUAAAAACUGAGCUGUACAGAAAAAAGAGGACUUGAGCACAAACCAGUCUUACAGUAACAACAUGUCAACAUCGCAAUCAGGGGGGAGAAAAAUGUAAAUUCUGUGUAAUCAAUUUCUAAACCACUCUGUGGUUUGGGACGGCCUUCAAUAUGGCAGAGCCUCUGCGGGGACGCGCAAAUGGAGGGCAAGUGUGUAGGGGGCGUUUGGGAUUGGGCCGUAGUGUCUGAAACCUUCGGUGAUUGAGCUCACUACAUAGUCAGCUAUAUAGUUAAAUCCCAUGUGGGGGUUCGGGGUUAGGGAUUGAGUGAUUCAUUUCGGACACAGCCCUUGUCUGUGCACAAGAUAAACAGCUUGAUGGGUGUGAUGGACUUCGCACAAUAAAUGAAAUUAAUUGUCUGAUAUUAAACUGGCUGGUUCAUGUGUCUUCUGGCUGUGUUCUUCUACAGAUGUGAUCACUUUGAGUGUGUUGCUUAUCUCUUCCACUCUCUGAUAGGACUCACUGAGGUGGAGACAUGGAAGUGCCUUGCUACAUGCCCAAACUGCUGUUUGAGCUCAAUGAGCAGCGCAAACGGGACUUCUUCUGUGACUGCAGCAUCCUUGUGGAGGGUCGUGUCUUCAAGGCUCAUCGUAAUGUACUGUUUGCAGGAAGCGGCUAUUUUCGAGCUCUCCUUGUUCACUUUCUGCAGGUAAAUGUCAUAGAGGAGGGUGGGGUAAGUUGAGCCACCCCUGUUGUGACCAAAUAUGUAGGAGAUGGGCAUCAAUUCAUUCUAACCUUCACAGACUUCAAAGAGUCUGUGAAGGUUAGAAGCACAUGGGUGAAGGGGUUAAACAUUUAUUUCUAAAAAAAAACAUUUUUCACUCUUGAAAGUGAAUUUAGUCUGUCAUAUGUUUGAUAAAAAAUGUGUUCGGACCAAAAAAGAUCAUUUUAAAUUAGCUUUAUACAUCAACUUUGGUAUCUAUGAGCUACAACAUGAGGUGGUUAGUAGGGCUAUGGCUUAACUUACCCCAUACACAGGGUAAGUUGACCAUAGGAGACCACUUUUUUUGGCAUGCUGUAUUAUCAAGACAGUUAUGUUUACACUCAUUCUGUUGGUUAGCAGGGAAACACAACAUCUUGAAAUAUAUGCAGAUACACUAGUUAGAGACAAAACUAUGAUUGCCUUGAUGUAGUGAUCUGAAAUAUGAAAAAUGGCUCAUCUUACCCCACGCUCCCCUACUGCAUUAUUGCCUAUUAUUUUUUUGCCGAAUGGCAUUUGCUAUUGAGACAUUUCUCUCCUUUCUGACCUUAUCAACAGCCCCUUCUGACUAUAAGUUGCUAAAUACACUUUACACUGUACCUUAAAACUGAAUAUGAAGGUGGGAAAUUUCAGAGGAUGCGAAUGUGGCAGAAAAGCAAAAGCAUUUUUUUUUUCAUGCAGAGUUUUAGAUUAGAUUAGAUUGUUUUUUUCCUUUAUUCAUCCCUCAGUGGGGAAAUUAAAAUUGGUAACAGCAGCAGUACACAAAACAUACACAUUCAUACACAUUCAUACCGGGUACAAAAAAACAAAUAAGAUAGAAGAACUACAAUAAAAAAAGAAAGAGCAGUACAAGGGAAGAACAGUAUUAAAGAUUAGUGUAAGAAAAAUAUAAAGGUGAUGAUGAUGAUGUGAUAUUGAUAUUGCACAUGAUUAAUAAAUAAUUAGGGGUGUAGUAUUGCACUUUUAUUGGUGUUGGUCUGCUAGGAGCAGGCCUGGUUGUAGAGUCUGAUAGCAGCAGGGAGGAAGGACCUGCAAUGCCUCUCUGUGAUGCAUCAUGGGUGAAGAAGCCCGUCGCUGAAGGAGCUUUUUUUGUGUGUUGGGCCUUAAGUAUCAACAAAACAGCAAUUACUAGAUUGUUGACUAUUAACUCGUUAAUAAGGUUAGAUUACUUUGCUUGUCCUUACCAAUCAGGGGUCCAGUUAUAAUUCGUACCUUCAACUGAAUUUUAUUCUGCAUUCCCUUAAACUUUGUUAUGCCUCUUUUAUCAGGAUAGUGGACAGCGCUACAGCACAGCAUCUUUGGACAUCGUAACAGCCGAUGCUUUCUCCAUCAUCCUGGAUUUCCUUUACUCAGGCCGCCUGGCUCUGAACAGAAGGAAUGUCAUUGAGGUGAUGUCAGCAGCUAGCUACCUUCAGAUGACUGAGCUGGUCAACUUUUGUAAAGGCUACAUCAGCUCAUCUUUGGAAAUAUGCAACAAGGAGAAGGAGAAGAAUGCAGCAAAGGAGCGCCAGGCUCAGGUUGGAGGGACUGGACCUGCAGACAGUGGGACUUCUGCUGCCACAGUCUCCAGUGGUGCAGCAGCUGCUGACUCACACUCACAGGCUGCAGAAGCUGAUAGAGGGACAGAGUUAGGUCCGGAGUCUGUGGCCUCAGUUCCUGGUGAAACAACUCCACGCACCAGUAGAGACAUGGACACUGACUACCCAACCAGAGAGGGAUUUUCAUCUGGUAGGGAGGGUCAGAAGGUACACCCAGAUCAGACUAACCUUUCAUCUUCUUCAUCAUCUAUACUAACCCCAGAGUUAGUGAAUCCUAAGAUAGAGUAUGACCCUGAUGAGGAGCUUAUGGAGUCCCCUGACCCCAAAGACCUGACCUCAUAUCCUGGAACCUCACUCCAUAACUCCCAUCAUGGCAGGCUACUGCCUCCCUCUCCCUCCAGCGACCGCUCUUCUAUGGGAUACAGCUCCUCUUUUAAUGCUAGGCAGCUGAUGGAGAUGCUGGCCAGAGGUGAGGGCUCCAGUCCUCUAGGAGACAGAGUGGGACAGCGCUUUAGCCAGGGUCUAAGUAGUAGCACGGGAGGAGGCAGAAUGGAUGAAGGUUUAGGGUUUGUUGGGUCAUCGAUCAUGGAAAUUCAGACUGACUGGCUUGGAGAAGAUACAGGUAAUGAGCAGGUCACACAGGAGAACAUAUGUAUCUCCCUUGGUGUAAAAAUUGUCUAAUAGGAAGACUGAGCAGCAGAUUUUGCAGUGGUAUCCUGCUGCAGCAUAGCUAAAUGUUUGGCUCAUUUCUCCCCCCUGCAGGUGAUGGCUUGGUAGUGCCAGUGAAACUCCAUAAGUGCCCUUUCUGCCCGUACACUGCCAAGCAGAAAGGGAUCAUGAAGAGACACAUCCGCUGCCACACAGGAGAGAGGCCCUUUCCCUGUCCCAUGUGCGGCAAGAGGUUCACAAGACAGGAGCACCUCCGCAGCCAUGCGCUCAGUGUAAGAUCUGCAAUUACGAUCUGCAGGAUCAUCAGCUUAUUUCUUUUUUUUUGCAGCUGGUUUGUGCUAUCUGAUCUGCAUUUCACAACUGGAUGAUUUGAAGAAGUUGUUUUUAAAAACGCGUGUUAGGAAGUCAUGUGGCUGGUAUAAAAGUAGCAGCAGGCUAAUGCUGAAUCCAUCCACCUCAAUAUCAUCAAGAGCUGAAACUAGGUAUAGCAACAUCACUGGAUAACCAUGCAAGUUAAUGAAGAUAUUUUUUUCAAAUUUUAUAGUCAUUUAAAAAAAGUUACAGUCAAAAAGGUCCUUUAAGUUUUACGUAUAAUGUCAAUUUGUGAUUAUUAUUGUUUGUGACAGUAAUUAAUAGUGAGCUUUAUGGCAGUAAAUGCUUAGAAAAUAUGGUAAUGUAUUGAAAAAUGUCUUCAGGGACGUUAUUAUUACUUUUCAUCACACAAAUUUUAACAUGUAUCUAUGAAUUACAAUGACCGGGGGACUUUCUCACGUCUUGUUGUCGCCCAUAAGCCACUCAUUGUCCUUUUUCUCCAUCUUAGAAGAAUCAUAUGGUUAUAAUAGCCUAUCAUUAAAAUAUAAUAGUCAUUACUAGGAACAGUUGGUCGUAAGCUGUGAACUGUAAUUAGCUGCCUCAUUCUCUAUUGAUUGUUGUGAAAUCUGGCUCUGUCACUAAUGCUUGUGUUUUGUAAGUAAGUCCAGUAAAAUAUGUCCUAAUAGACUUAAUGAAAGACAAUGAGUGUUUUUUUUUCAUAGACACAAGACCAACUCAUGGCAUGAAUUGAUUUUGAUGAGUCAGAGAAAUCUAAUUUUAAGGCAAAAAAAUGUAUGUGUCUAGUUUCUUGAAAUAAGAGUUAAGUUGAAUAGUUUGGAUUAUAUCUGUGUUUUUUUUUAAUCUUAUGAUACUGCCUGUCUAAAAUGAACUACAUGUCUGUGUUUACAUUUUAACAGGUCCACAGGCACUACUGGCCAGUGUCCUGUAAGAGCUGCAGACGAACCUUCACCGGAUCUAGCCUGACACCGGGACUUAGACGCUUUGGACUAUGUGACAGCUGCAACUGUGUGACCACCACUCAUGAUGAUUCAGUCCCCGUUCACCCCGCCAGCCAACCAGAGCCCAUGGAGCGUGCAGACGGGGGAACGGAUUGGUCCAGUUUUAUGGAUGAUGUAGACGAGGUCGAGGUUGGCAGAGUGGAGGACUUGGUUGAGAAGCAGAUCCUUGAAAGGCAGCUGGUUGCUUGUACUGAUGUCGAUCACACACUGUGAAUCUCUAGAUCAGAGGAAAAAAAAUCCCUGCAAAUGUUGUACCGUCCCAUUAUUGAUACACGAGAAGAAGUCAUUUGUUUACGUAUUUGUGGUGAAAAACAUACCCUCUUCACUGCUGAAGAUAUCCUGAUUUGCUUUGUAGCACAGAUGUUUUUUUUUCUUUCAAUUUUUUAAUUGAUUUAACCAGAAUUGUUGUUUUUCUUUCUGUCUGUGUCUUUGGGUUGUUCUGUAUAUAAAGGUGAUCUGUUAAAGCA